AUGGUUGAUGAGAACAAGAUUGAUCGAUGGUCUGAUCUAGGAAAACCCAAGCCUAGAUGGGUGCAACUAUGGAAUUUUUGGAUUUGUCCAUGUCGGGCUCGACUUAAAUCUGACAUGCUCAUGGUUGGGGAAGCAAAACAUGAUCGCCUCUUCCUCGACCCGAUCCUAACGGAGGCACUAACCCUUAGUGCACGUCGGGAUGUUUCUAGUGCCCAAAGCAGAGCGAUGGGCAUCGUUGCACUACGAGCUGCUGGUACGACGGUGCUCCGAUUUGCAGAAGCAUUAGCAAGAUGCGUUGUUGCUGCAUGUCACGCCGGAGAUGCAAUCUGGGUUAAGGAGAUGGCGGCAAGAAGCUCUGCAGCGGGAGGGCCAGUAUCAAGCAGCAGUGAGGCAGGAGUGGCGGUGCCCAGAUCAACCGUCAGGCACACGUUCCCUCUUCCCCAAGUUUCAGGCACGAGAAUUCGAUUGCUUUCGGAAACUGGGUAUUGGGGGAAUCGUCGAUUCAGUGUCUUCAAUGAGUUUUCGAAGCAGGUCAAGGAGGAAACCAAUAAGAAUCCACAAUUUAAAAAGACGGUCAAGGAGCUGAAGGAGCAAGUGGAAGAGCUCAAGGGGGUGAAAGAAGAUCUGAAAGUCAGAACGAAGCAGACAACGGAGCAGCUGUACAAGCAGGUGGAUGGUGUUUGGACAGAGGCUGAAGAAGCAGCAAAGAAGGUCUCUGCAAAUGUAAAAGAGAAGAUCUCGGCUGCCACAGAAGAGGUUAAAGGAUCUCUUGGAAUUGGGAAAGAGCAGGCUUCAGGGCCUUCUGGUGCUUCAGCUGAUCAUGCUGCUGAUGAAAAAGAUGGAAGUAAGGCCUCGUCCUCGGAAGAUAAACACCAGCACUCAGGGUCUAGUGAUACUGCAGAAACAUUAUUUGGAAAAUUUAGGUCAAGGGUGUCUUCAUUGAAUGUUUCCUCUGUCUUUCAUAGAUUCAAGGAAGCAAAGUUUGUUGACAUGGCCAAAAAAGGAUAUGAUAUUGUAAAGGAUGAGUUAAAUGGUAGUCCAAGUAAGAAAAAGCAUCUAGGGUUUGACCCUUCUUCCAUCCCACAAGUUAAAAGAAGUGCGACAAGUGACAUUGCUAUUGUACCCACCAAACAAUCUCGUUGGAGCAAAAAGUGGGAGGCUUUCAGAAUGAAGAUGCAAGGGAAUCCUCUAUUCAAGCGUAUCAGUGGGAUGAGUGAACCAGUUAAAAUAAAAGGCGAGGAGAUUAUGGAUGACAUGAAGGAACGCUGGGAAACUACUGAUAGCCCAAUAGUUCACAAAAUUCAGGAUAUCAAUGAAGCUAUUUUUCAAGAAACAAAUGCUGCUGCAUCAAUGAAGGAGAUCCAUGCCCGAGAUCCAUCUUUCUCUUUACCAGAUUUUGUGGUAGAAGUUCAGAAUGCGGUCAAACCUGUGUUAAAUGCUUACAUGAAGGGAGAUAUUGAAACAUUGAAGAAGUACUGUGCUAAUGAGGUGAUUGAGCGGUGUAAAGCCGAGCGUCAGGCUUUUCAAAGCCAUGGCAUCUUUUUUGAUAACAAGAUUCUACAUAUAUCUGAGGUGGAAGUAAGAGAUACCAAACUGAUGGGAGACUCUCCCAUAAUCAUUGUAGCGUUCCAAACACAGCAAGUCUAUUGUGUACGUGAUAAAAAUGGUGCAAUAACAGAAGGCAGCCAGGAUACAAUCCAAACAGUGUAUUACGCCUGGGCCAUGCAACCUUGGGAUCCCGAAGAACUUCCUGAAGGUGCUCUUUUCCCGAUAUGGAGAGUAAGAGAGAUGCAACAAUUUGGAAUUCAAUCCCUUAUUUAGUUCUUUACAUAAACCUCUGAUCUUAACCGAUGGAUGUUGUGUCAUAUUUAUUUUCAUGUGCCAUCUCAACUUCCCUGGGUUUUGUGAUUCACUGCCAGGAAAUUUCGUAGUAUAUUAUUUUAGUAUGAUCAAUUCAAUGCAGUUCAUUACUGAGAGCAUAAGCAAAUCUAAAUUCCUCCAAAUUUCUUUUUUGGGAGUGACAGAUUUCAUUCUGAACAAAUAAAUAUUAUCAAUUCUUUUGUUACUGCA